ACAUCAUUGCAAUUCUUGAUUCACUUUCCUCUUUCACACUCAAAAACGUCGUCGACCGGAUAACACAACAUGUCUAACGAAGACCAGGAGCUCCUCGCUCGGAUCGGGGAACUUGCGGGCCAAAUCAAUCGCCACAAGAACCGUCAAGCAGCGACACAGCACUCAGCACCUCAUGCACCGACCCAUCGACACAACACAUACCGGCAAUCAAGCGCACCCUAUCCACCAAGAGGCCGGGGAGGCUACCGCUCACAGCCAUACCGCCAUCGCACGCUUACCUUCAACAGGUCAGGCGAAGAUCAGGCCGGUGACAGUUCAGCGUCGAACUCCUCCGGUUGGGUGGCCAGGAAUGAUCGCCAUCGACAGAUCGUCAACCAGAACGUGUUUGAGAAGGAUAAAGAGUCGCGCGCCAAGGCUAUCGAGGAGACACGAAGAAAGAAGGUCGACAGUAAACGCAGCGGGGAGAGGACGCGGUUCAAUAACUUUUACAAGCACCAGCAGGCGCUUACCGGGACGAAGAAUAGGCACAGCAACCCUACAGCAGUCCCGAACGAGCUUACCGUGGAAGGAAUCCGCUUCCAAGUUCUCGAUGGCGGCAAGAAACUAGCGCGAGUCCCAGAUACGUCCAACCUCGCGCCAACCCCCAAAAGCACCACCAUUGCAGGGGUCAAGUUUUUCAGGACAAAGACUGGUAACCUCGUUGCCAACAGGAUCGUCCAGGACCACCGCCGGUCCGGCAAAGUCAAGAAGACUGACACGCCGUGCAAGAUCUUCUCUUCGUCUGGUUCAUGCCCCAAAGGGCCAUUAUGUCGAUAUACACACGACCCGAACAAGGUUGCGCUCUGCAAAGAGUUUCUCCGUGAAGGGCGCUGCGCCAACGGAGACGCGUGUGAUCUAUCACACGAGAUGUCUCCUGAGCGUGUACCGAACUGCGUGCAUUACGCCAAAGGCAAUUGCACCAAGGCUGAGUGUCCCUUUACGCAUUCCAAAGCCACCCUGAAUGCCCCUGUUUGCAAUGCUUUUGGUUUCUUCGGCUAUUGCGAUAAGGGCGCUGAGUGCACAGAGCGCCACGUCUUUGAGUGUCCCGACUUUAGCAACACUGGUCGUUGUAAGCACAAGGGGUGCAAGCUUCCGCACCGGGAGCGCGCCAGCCUUAUGCGAGGGCAACAAAAGCCCGACGACGAAAUGGACGAUGUGUCCAGCGACGAUGAUGACGCCGGCUCGGAUGAUAUUGACUCUGAUGCCGUGGCCGAGUUUAUUGACGCGGACUCUGAUGCCUCGGAGAUUGAAGAUCGACAGGACUUUAUCCGUCUGUGAGCUAACCUUAGGAAAUUACCCGAAGGCCCAGGGCUUUGUUCUAGCGCCUUCAGUCUGUGCCAUUGCAUUGCAUUGCAUUGCAUUGCAACCACUUUGCCAAGGGUCGCGUCGUCGCCCUGAUAGUUACGUUUUCCAAGAUAUCCACGCGCGAGGAGCAGAGGGAUGAAAACGAUACGCAAGCAAGAAAGAAGUCAAGAAAGAAGAGCAGAGAAAAGAGAAAGAGAGAAAGAAAGUAGUUCAGUCUUAGUAGCGUUGCGUACCUAUGGAGAAAAUAUAUCAAUAUUGUGAAA